AUGCGAAAUUCAAAACCCCGAAUCCCCCAUCUUCAUUUCCCGCCUUUCCCUUCCUCCGCUUUCCCCCCCUCCCCACCCCCUCUUUCCCCCUCCCUCCGUUCCUCCCCCUUAACCUCCAUCACCUCCACGUCGUAUAAGAAUCUGCCCUGGGACCACACCUUCGUGAAGGAACUGCCUGCAGAUCCUGACAGCCGAAAUGUCGUACGACAGGUCGAGGGCGCUCUGUUCUCCUUCGUAAGCCCGACUCCCCCCUCCGGGGUGCCGUACACCGUGACGUACUCCCGGCAGGUGGCCCGCCUCGUGGGUUUGGAUCCCACUGACUGCGAGAGGGCCGAGUUCCCCCUGGUGAUGUCGGGGGCGGCGCCACUGCCCGGGUCGCUGCCGUACGCGGCGGUGUACGGCGGUCACCAGUUCGGGCAGUGGGCGGGACAGCUGGGGGACGGCCGGGCGAUCACGCUGGGGGAGGUAGUCAACCCGGUCGACGGCCAGCGCUGGGAGCUACAGCUUAAAGGAGCCGGCAAGACGCCGUACAGCCGUCGUGCUGACGGACGUGCCGUGCUUCGUUCGUCUCUACGGGAGUUUGUGUGCAGUGAGGCAAUGGCGGCUCUGGGAGUGCCAACCACUCGGGCGUUGAGCUUGGUGGGGACAGGUGGGCCCGGGGCGGUGGUGUGUCGAGUGGCCCCCAGCUUCAUGAGGUUCGGUACCUUCCAGCUGCCCGUCAGCAGGGGCUUGGGGGAGGUUGGGCUGGUGAAGAUGGCAGCCGACUGGGUGAUCAAGUACCACAACCCCCAUCUGGCGAGUGACCUUUCUGUCUGCCUGCCAUACCUAACUAUCUGUCCCCCCCUCCCGCCGCCGCCGCCGCCGCCGCCCCCCCCCUCAGACUCCCCCCAGCCCUACCUGGACCUCCUCCGCGAGGUGACCUGCCGUACAGCGACCCUGGUAGCUGCCUGGCAGUCACUGGGUUUCGUACACGGCGUACUGAACACUGACAACAUGAGCAUACUGGGACUCACCAUCGACUACGGUCCGUUUGGGUUUUUGGACAAGUUCGAUCCGGACUGGACGCCUAACCUGACCGACGCCGGCGGGCGCAGGUACAGCUACCGCAACCAGCCCGAGGCGGUGCAGUUCAAUUUAGUCAUGUUGGGAAAUGCGCUGCUGGCGGCCGACCUGGUGCCCAGGGAGGGCGCAGAGGAGGUGUUGAGGGAGUACAGCAAGGUCCUGAGCGAGUCGUACAACGCCCGUAUGGCAGCCAAGCUGGGCCUCCGCGAGUACGACAUGACACUUACGCACGAGCUGAUGCGGCUAAUGUACGACGAUGACGCGGACUUCACCAACACCUUCCGGGCGUUAUGCAGCAUCUCCUGUACGGAAGACGAGCCACCGGAGUGCGCCUCUAGUGAUUCCGGAUCGGAAUCUGGAUCCGGACUCCGACCCACGGGUCACCAUCACGAUCUCCCGGCGGCGCUGGCGGCCGCCCUCAACGGCGGUCAGCCCCUGAGCGAGGAGCGUGUAGCUGCUUGGCGGCAGUGGCUGCAGGCCUAUCGUGCACGACUCCGGGCCGAGGGAGUGCCUGAGGCGGAGCGGCAGUCCGCUCAGCGGUCAGUGAACCCGAAGUUCAUCCCCCGCCAGCACCUGCUGCAGUGGGCCAUUGAGGCGGCUGAGGGGGGCGACUACAGCGAGCUGGAGACGCUGCUGGAGGUGCUGGAGAGGCCGUACGACGAUCAGCCUGACACGGCGGCCAAGUAUUCAGGAUUGCCGCCCGAGGAGAUGGUUCGUCGCCCGGGUGUAUGCAUGCUGUCGUGCUCGUCAUAA